ACAACUAAUGUUAGUGGAUAGAGACUACCAAAGAUUAUCAAUGAUGACAUUGGAAUAAAUAAAGAAAUACAACAGAAUGAAUAUUAUAAGUUUGAUAUUAACAGUGGUAUAUCUAACACCAUGUAUCACUGCCCUGACAACAGUCUGUACUAUCUAUAAUCAAACUAUCUCAUCUGGUGUACCUGGAGAAGCUUCACUUUUAGCAGACGUAACAUAUUCCACUAAUACUGGUACUCCAUUAACAGAAACUAGUGUAGAAUAUAACAUACAAACAGAUACUGCUGUUCCUAAUGUAAUUAUUACUAAAACUAUACAGGUGACAAACAAUGAUAAGAAUAAUCCCGAAGUUAAAAUAUCAACCACUCUAUAUCAUACUAUAAACUCUACCUUUAGUUAUAUAAAAGAUGUAUCUUUCAAUGAUGAUCUUACUGCUGGAUUAUGGGCUGUGUUAGGAGAUGGAUUUAAACCAGGAAUAUUGGAACCAGGAGUAUCUAAUACUGGACGCAAUCAAGUUUCUUGGAAUGUGGCUUCAAAUAUAACAGCAAAUAAUAGUCGGACAUUUGAAUAUUUAGCUGAACCUAGAGGAGAAGAUAUGAAAGGUUUACCUCCUGGCAAAUCAUCUUACGCUUCAUUUGUUCAGUUUUCUGAUUCAGCAAGUGUGAUUUACUCUACAGUUAAACCUACUGUUUGUGUUACAAGAACUACAGUUUUACAAAAAAGUUUAUUUUACCAACACGGUUUUACAGCGUUAAGUUUUUUCAUGGCUUUUAUACUGGGUAUUUUAUUAGUUAUAUUAAUAGUGUUCUGUAUUGUUACUAUUAUGAAGAAGAAAGGGUUAAUGGCUACUUCUAUAUCGCCGUCUAAAUUAGAUGUAAGUAGUAGUAAUAGUAGUAGAACAAUAGUUGGAGAACAAAGGAAGUUGAAAGAAACAGGAAAGAAGAUAGUAUUAGAUCCUAAAGAUGCAAUCAAGAAAGGAUUCAAUUCUAUCAAAGAUUACAGUUACAGUACAUGUCAUUAUAUUUCAGUUAUAGAUACCUGUUAUUAUAUUUCAGUUAUAGUUAUAGAUACCUGUUAUUAUAUUUCAGUUAUAGGUACAUGUUAUUAUAUUUCAGUUAUAGUUAUAGAUACCUGUUAUUAUAUUUCAGUUAUAGUACCUGCUGUUAUAUUUAAGUUUUUAAUUGGACCUGAUGAUAGUAUAGUUCAUAUUUUGGGAUUAAAAGAUAAAUUACAAAUGUUUAGAGAAAUUGACAAUCUGGAUAUUGUUACCACAAUUCAUGUAGAUACAGAUAUAGAGAAAGAACAAAAUGAAGCGGCUACACAGACAGGGUUAAUGUUAAUACACAAUAUGACAUUAAAUAAUGAUAUUAAUAAACAAACAGAAGAUGAUGUUGUUAACAGAUUUAAUAAUAAUCUAAAAACUCUAGACAAGAAACUAGAUGAUGAUUAUAGAAAGGAAAUGGAGAUUAUUUUAAUUAGAUUGUGUGCUAGAAAUAAGGAAAAAGUAGGAGAAAUGCUGCACAGACAUAAUAUGGAGAAAGAAGAAGUUGAAGAAAAUGCUGCUGAUUUAACGGAAAAGGAAAAACAAGACUUUUUGGAUAUAUUAGAUAAACAGCAGCAAACAGAACAAAAUGAACUAACUUAUGUUUUAGCUCUAGAACAAAAUGAAGAAGCUGAGAAAUUGAGAAAGGAAUUUGGAAUCCGAAAGAGAAUGGGUAUAAGAGAGAUACAACAGAUUAUGAUUAAUGAUGUAACAGAGAAAGGUAAACUGACACAAGAACAAGCUGACUGGUUAAUCAAAGAACAUAAAAAACAACAGGAUGCUCUACAGUUGUUGUUUGAUGAUGAAAUUUCCAGACAGAGAAUGACCUUAGAGGAGAAACUUGCACGAAGAAGAGCAUUGGCUCAAGCUAGUGAAUUACAAGAAGAUGAUCAAACAGAUUUAUUAAAUACUAUGGCAGGACAUCAAGUUGGAGUUAUUAAUAAACUUAAAAAACAAAACAAACUAACUGAUGAAGAAGCAGAAGAUAUGAUAGAAGAAGUUAAAAAAGAUAUGUUAAAUGCCAAGGAAAAGAUGGAUAAAGAAAAAGAACGACAAGAACAUGAACUUCAUAAGAAAUUGAGUAUUUUGAAACAAGAAAAGAUGAAUACUAUUAGAAAGAAACAAGAAGGAGAGUUAAAUGAAUAUGAAAAGAAAUGUAAAGAUCAACAAACCAAUGGACCAAUAGAGCCUAUAUCUGUUGUGGAAGGUCUCCUUUCUCUACGUUCAAACCAUAGAGCUGAACUGUUGUUUGCUGAGAUAGAGUUAGAUAAUGAUCAUAGUAAACAACUAGAGAAAGCUAGAGAUCUUAUUGGUGAACGAGCCAAAGACGAUCUGUAUGCCAUGGAGAAAGCUUUAUUAGAAAAACUCCAAUCUCAAGGAUUAAAAGAUGAUAUCAAUAAAAUAAUUAAACAACAUGAAAGAGAAGUAGCUGAAUUAUGUGAGAGUCAAGAAGAACAGAGGAGAAGACAACAAGAGAAACUUAUGGAAGAAUUAUCAAGAAGAAAGAAGGAAUGGAAUCAAAGAAAAAUGAGUGAGAAAAAAGAACAAGAAGAACUUCGAGAACAUGAAUCUAAAGUUAUCGGAAAACUAAUCAACAGUCAGUUAUCUAUAUCAGAAGAAGAUAGAUUAAAAAUAAUGAAAGAACAUGAACAGAAUAUGAUUAAACUAGAAAAUACAUUAACGUUAAAUAAAUUACGACAAAAAAGAAUGUUAGAAGAGAGGCUGGCUUUACGACGGGCUCAACAGAUGGAUAAAUUAAGACAAAAACAAGUAUCUGAAGUUCAGAAACAGAGACAGAAAGCUAUUAAUAAUGGUGAAAAUGAUGAUGAUGAAACUCAUAAUAAAGAAAUAGAGUUAAUGAAGAAACAUGCUGAACAGAGAUUAUCUAUAUUGAAUGGUCAGAUGUUAAAUAUAGAUGAAGAACUUGAUGAGAUAAGAAUAGAAAUGGUGAGAGAAAGAGCGAUAGCGUUAAAAAGCCAAGAAGAAAGACUAGGAACUAUGAUAGCUAGACUACAAUUAGAUAAAGCUAAAGAGCUGGCUAAAAUAGAAGAACAACAGAAGGCUAUCAAUAAUCUCAAGUUAAAUUUAGUAGAUGAUUUAAAUGAUAGAGGUAUUUUAUCAACACCAGAAUGCGAGAAAUUAUUGGAGAGUCAUAGAAAGCAAAAAGAAGAUUUGAUCAGAAAGCUAGAUGAAAACAGAGCUAAACAAGAAAGGUCUUUACAGUUCAAACUGGAUGAGAGAAGAACUGAACGAGAAAAAUUGUUUGUCUUAUUUCAAAAUAUUGAUAUAGAAAAUAUUACAGAAGAGUCUGUGGACAGGGCCUAUGACGCCUUAAAGAAAAGACUGGGUGAAAGAGUACAACUACGAGAAGAAACCAUGAUUAAACUACAAGAUAAAGCAAUGCAGAAUAUGACCACAUUGUCUGGUAGUAAAAUGGCCGCCAAAUUAAAACGUAUGAUGUUGAUGCACAAACAGUUACUGGAUUUGGAAAGAUUCAGGAAUCAAAUGGAUAGAGAAAUAUCUCAAACACUGGAAGAAACACGAAGACAAUAUCAAAUACAGAAGUCAGAAACCAUUCAGAGCCAAGAAAUGGAAUUUAUAGCAAAAUUGGUGAAGUUUGGACACCUACAGAAAGGAGAGCUUCUUGAUGUUAUUGGUAUUUUGUUUCCUAGAAAAUCUAUGGAAGAAAAACAACAGUUAUUGAAUAAAUUAUAUGAUGAAGAUCAGAUCUCAAAAAUCACACCUCAACAAGAAGAAUUGCUCAAAUCAUCUGGCCCUAGUACAUUACCUGAUAGAAUAAGAAGAAUGUCAGUUAGUAGUAGUGAACUUGAAAGAGUACCCAGUAGAGCCAAGUCUAGAAAAGGGGGAGAUAAGUUUACUAAAAAGAAGAAGAAGAAAGACUUCAGACGAGAAUCCAACUAUAGUUUGUUAGACAGUCUGGAUCCAGAGACUUUAGGCUCAAUUAACCAGUCUGAUUACAGACGACUCCAUGAUGCAGACAAUGGUUACGUGAAGUCAGGAAGAAACAGUUCUACAAGAGUUCAGGAGGAUUCUCUCCAUGGUAGUUAUAAUGAUGGUUAUGAUAGUGAUAGUUAUAAUAAAUAUAAUCGCAGUCAACCGUAUAAUAAUAGUCAUUCCAAUAAACAUCGUGGUAGUUCGGAUGAUUUGAGAGCAUCUGGUUAUGAUAAUUAUGGUAGAAAUUAUGAUGAUGAUGAUGAUGAUUACAGAUCUACAGGUCCUGUAGGUCGACUACCUCCAUUACAACCUAUACAAGCCUCACCUACCAGAUCAAAGAAGAAAAAGAAAAAAUUAUUACAGAAAAUGGCACAUAGAGAUGAUUAGCUUUUAUGUAUUUAUUUAAAUUUAUUUAUUUAUUUUUUAAUAUGUUACUGUCAAAUUUUUAAAAAAUUUAUAAUUUCUGUUAUGCAUCAAUUUUAGAAUUGUUUUUGUUUGAGAAAAUUUUCCUGUACCUGAAUUUAGAUUUAAUAAAUAGGUCUAAUGACUAGUUUUACUAGUCUACUGUUUACACGGGUUUGACUGUCCAUCAUUGUCCAGAAUCACAUCAACAUUUUUUUUGAAUUGAUAGCAAGUGACGUUAAUCAAAAGAGGUAUUACAAUACUUUCCUGGAGACAUUUUUCUUACCAUAAUAAGUGAUACAAGUUAGUACAAUUAUAUUUAUACAUGCCCAUUGUUCUCGCCAUGGUUCAUUACUUUGUUACAUUUCUAAUAAAGUCUACAGGUUAAUACAUCCUUGUAAAGAGAUAAAACUGUGUUAAAAACUUUUAUGAAAAAUAUAUAUCACUUUCAAAAAAAUUAUUUGAAGUGUUAUUUUAUAGAUUAUCUUUCAAGUUCACCUAAUUUUUAAGAAUUUAUAAUCUGUGAUAAAAAUCUUUAUAUUUUUGUUUUAAAUUUAUUAUUUUAUUAUAAGGAUUUACUAUUAUAUUUACAUUGAUUUCAAUAAAAUACUUAUAUAUAAUUGAAAGAUCCAUAGUUGGAAAUUGUUUAUCAUAAGUUUGAUAAAUGUAAUUAUAUCGGGGAUAAGAAUCCAAUCCCUUGAAAGCACUAGCUCACUUUAAUACAAUGUUUUCAAAUCUGACGGGACAAAAUUUCUUUCAACAGUUUAUUUUGAACUAUUUUAGUACAUUGUUUACAUAUUAUGCCCAAUUUAUACAUUUACAUAUUAACAUUUCAAAAUCAUACAAUUUACUUUACUAUUACUUAUUCAUCAGAAUAAAAAAUGGAUUUACUCUAAUUGUCAUGUAAUAAUAUCUGAAUAUUUUAAUCAGCAGUUGAGGUCUUACUCUGAUGUAGUAAGAAUUCAUCAUGGUAUUAACACAUAUUUCUUUAUCUUAAAAUAUAUUGGAAAUUUUAUCAUAGGCUAUAACAGUUAAUUCAGAAAUAAUUUUGAUAUAUUGACUUCUAGCUGGAUAUCAACAAUUAGUCUUAUAAUUAAAGAGAUAUAGCCAUCUAACUUGAUUUACUUGUGCAGCUAAAUACUUCUAUCUAAUCUGUAUGACUUAAAACAUUGAACAUAAUGAUACUUAACAAUCAAUAAAAAAAUGGAGACUACCACCUUGCAGUUACAACUGAUAUGUAAUAACUGGCGAUAUUUGCACCCACUGUAUUAAUUAAUUAUUUCCCAGUGAUGAUGAUCUCCCAAAGAACGUUUUAUAGAGGCUAUCAACUGAUUAAGCAAAUACAACUAUGCCUCUUUAAGAGUCAUCAUACAAAUUAAUAGGUUUUUGGUUCAAAU